GUCGACAUGUGAAUGAUUCGAUGACAAUCCAGUUGAAACCUGACCUUCAUCGUUCUUCUUACCGGAGAGAUUUGAGUAGAAUUCCAUUUUCGUCAAUGAUAGAUUGAUCCCCAACGGGAAAUCAGCAUGAAACUCGUCUUCUCUCUGUUAUUCUUAUUACUAUUAUCAUUACUUUCCUCCUCCUUCCACUCCGCUGUCGCCCGUGGCGGCGAACGUAGCUUCAAUUCCUCAGGAUCCUUCAGAUUAUCGAGGCGCCUGUCUGCAGAAAGCUAUAUUGAUAAACUUAAUAGGCUUGCUGAUGGGUAUAUGAGUAACUCUGAACUUGAAGAGGCUUUUAGUGCCUUUGCUCAUAGAUGCUCUAACAUAUCUAGGAUAUACAGUAUUGGAGAGAGUGUUAAUGGGCUUCCUCUGUGGGUCGUGGAAAUUUCAGACAAACCCGGGGUGGAAGAGGCUGAACCUGCUUUUAAGUUUGUGGGAAAUGUUCAUGGAGACGAACCUGUAGGUCGCGAGCUUAUGUUACUUCUUGCAAAUUGGUUAUGUGAUAACUAUCAUAUAGAUCCUUUGGCAACUUUGAUAAUUGACAAUGUUCACUUGCAUAUACUUCCAUCCAUGAAUCCUGAUGGAUUUGAACUAAGGAGGCGUGGUAAUGCGAACAACAUUGAUCUAAAUCGUGAUUUUCCAGACCAGUUAUUUCCUAUAAAUGAUGAUGUGGAUGCAAGGCAACCGGAAACACAAGCUAUUAUGAGGUGGUUAAAGGAUAUACAAUUUACAGCAUCUGCCAGUUUGCAUGGGGGCGCACUGGUUGCAAAUUACCCAUGGGAUGGAACGCCAGAUAAAAGGAAGAGUUACUAUGGCUGUCCUGAUGAUGAAACAUUUAGGUUCUUGGCAAGUGUUUAUAGUCGUUCUCACUAUAACAUGUCUCGAAGCACAGAAUUUGUGGGAGGAAUUACAAAUGGAGCAUUUUGGUAUCCUGUAUAUGGCGGAAUGCAAGAUUGGAACUAUAUUCAUGCUGGUUGUUUUGAAUUGACUUUGGAGAUCAGUGAUGAUAAGUGGCCUCCUUCCAAUGAGCUUCAUACUUUGUGGGAAUACAACAAAAUGAGUAUGCUAAAUAUUGUGGCAAGCAUGGUGAAGACAGGAGUUCAUGGAAGGAUCUUUUCUGCAGAUUGUGGGAAACCAUUACCUGCCUCUGUGAUAAUCAAGGGAAUAAACUAUUCUAUUCAAGCCACUGAAUCUUUCGCUAAUUACCAUCGCCUGCUUGCACCGGAUAACAAAUAUGAAGUGGUGGCUGAAAUGCCUGGUUACAAAUCAAAGAGCACACACAUUAUAUUGGGAGAAGAUGCCACUACAGUCGAUUUCAUCCUUGAACCAGAUUUAUCUUCGAAAAGCAAAAUUUCGAGAAGAGGGUGCGACUUUAGAUAUGAUACAGAAAGGAAGUUGAAGAUGGUCCAGAUUCUUCCAGGACCUAAGUUAGAACUAUAUCUUAUUUUCACUUUGAUUAUAAUGUUCCUUUUCUUUCUAUUCAAGAGAAGAGUGAUUGUUAACUAUUUGAACCAUAGACGAAACACUACACCUAAGAGGUCCAUCGUUGUUUGAGGAUUUUUUUUUUCUUUCAUUUCUUAUAUUGCUCCUUUAUUUAUUUUUAGUGUAUUAAUAUAAUCGAAUGUAACAAAUUUAUAGGAUCUUACGUUAUUUGAUACCCUU